GGUUCGCACGGUGGUGGAAGUUGGGGCAGAGUCGCCACACUGGAGUCCCUGGGACAGCCAGUUGCUUCAGCCCUGGGGACCACAGCCCAAGCGUAGGGAACGACUCCCGACACAGACGCUUGCAGCCAUGACUGCUAAAGAUUGCCCAUCAUUGUGGGGCUUUGGAACAACAAAGACAUUUAAAAUUCCUGUUGAGCAUUUGGAUUUCAAGUAUAUUGAAAAAUGUUCAGAUGUGAAACACCUGGAAAAAAUUCUUUAUGUGUUGAGGUCCGGUGAAGAAGGCUAUUACCCUGAACUCAUGGAAUUUUGUGAGAAGCGCCUCACCGGCUUGGCUCCCAGGAGUCGAGCUCUGAGGAAAGAUAAGCCUGCAGCAACAGCGGCCAGCUUCACAGCCGAGGAAUGGGAAAGAAUUGACAGUGAUAUAAAGAGUUGGGUAUCAGAAAUCAAGAGAGAGGAAAAUGCAAGGCUCUUUCAUGACCCCGAAGCACAUCCAGGAGUGGAAGAUCAUUUGCCUCCAGUUCGUGGCUCAGACAGCUGCCCUCAUAGUAGCAAGGAAGUAUGUUCUAAAAGUAAGCCCGUCAAGAAGAAAAUCCCGAGGGAUUAUGCAGAGUGGGAUAAAUUUGAUGUGGAAAAAGAAUGUUCAAAAAUUGAUGAAGAUUACAAAGAAAAGACAAUAGUAAACAACAAGGCUCAUUUGUCUAAAAUUGAGACAAAAAUAGACACAGCAGGUCUAACUGAGAAGGAAAAGUGUCUUCUUGCCAAUCGUGAAAGAGAAAAAGGAAAUGAGGCUUUCCAUGCAGGGGAUUAUGAAGAGGCCGUGAUGUAUUACACCAGGAGCUUGUCAGCCCUUCCCACCGUGUCUGCCUACAACAAUCGAGCGCAAGCGGAAAUCAGAUUGCAGCGAUGGAGCAGUGCUCUCCACAACUGUGAGAAGGCCUUGGAGCUGGAGCCCGGAAACAUCAAAGCUCUCCUGAGACGUGCUACUACAUACAAACAUCAGAACAAGCUCCAGGAGGCCAGGGAGGACCUGCAGAGUGUGCUACGUGUGGAGCCUCAUAAUGAUGUGGCCAAGAAAACCUUGUCAGAGGUUGAAAGUGAGCUGAAGAAAGCAGAGCCUGCCUCUGAGCCACAAACCACAGGGAAGAGGAUGGUUAUUGAAGAAGUCGAGAACUCAGGAGAUGAAGGUGAAAACGGAAGCGGAGAUAAAGGUGGACAUGGCGGUGCGGAUAUAGCGGCCGCAAGCGCCAUGGGCAACAUCCAGAAGAAGCUGAUGGGCAGGAGCGACGGCGGCAGGCGAUCGCGUCGGGGCCGGACACCGCGGCCCCGAGCCGAGCAGCAAGGAGGCCCGCGGGAGACAGAGACGGCCGGUAGCACCGAGGACCCGCACCCCGGGGAGCCCCGAGCUUCGCAGGAUCCCGGUGACCUCAAGAGCCAGGGCAACGAACUGUUCCGCAGCGGGCAGUUCGCCGAGGCGGCCGCGCAGUAUUCGGCGGCGAUAGCACAGCUGGAACCUGCAGGAAGUGAAAGUGCGGAUGAACUAAGCAUCUUGUAUUCAAAUCGAGCCGCAUGCUACCUCAAAGAAGGGAACUGCAGCGCCUGCGUCCAGGACUGUAACAGGGCCCUGGAACUUCAUCCAUUCUCGGUGAAGCCUCUUCUUCGGCGAGCAACCGCGUACGAAACCUUAGAGCAAUAUGGGAAAGCUUACGUGGAUUACAAGACAGUGCUGCAGAUCGACCGUGGAAUCCAGCUGGCGAGCAGCAGUGUUAACAGGAUAACAAAAAUCUUAAUGGAGCUAGAUGGACCAAAAUGGCGGGAGAAUCUGCCACCCAUCCCUGUUGUACCCAUAUCUGAGCCACUGCAAGCCUGGCAUCCUGCUGCAGAGACCCCAGACCAGGAGCCACAUCCCAGCAGCUGCCCACCUGGCAUCACAGAUGAAAAAAUGUUUCAAGCCCUCAAGGAAGAAGGAAAUCAACUCGUAAAGGACAAAAACUAUAAAGACGCCAUCAGUAAAUACAGCGAAUGCCUAAAAAUUAACAGCAGGGAGUGCGCCAUAUAUACAAACAGGGCUCUCUGUUACUUGAAGCUGGGCCAGUUUGAAGAGGCGAAGCUGGACUGUGACCAGGCGCUUCAGAUAGAUGGAGGGAAUGUGAAAGCCAGUUACAGACUAGCACUCGCCCAGAAAGGACUCGAGAACUGCCAGGAAAGUUUAGCUGACCCCAGUCAGCCCUUAGCUGACCCAGGUGAGGCAAAGAUGGGGCUGCAAGAGGCAACCAGGCGCUUUGAUGCUGAGAAUGGCACCGCAUCUCCCAGCAAAGGAAGGGAGAGGAGGAGGAUCGAAGUUCAAGAGGUAAACGAAAGCAGUGACGAGGAGCCCGAGAGACCUGCAGAGGCCUCUGCUGCCUCCCUGCCUGCCGAGGAGGGAGUUGGAGAUGGAGGCUCUGCAGAGCACUCCAAAAACCUCGAGGUCUCCAGGCCUAGCAACGCCUAUGAGUUCGGGCAGGUCCUUCACACCAUCUGCACCCAGAAAGACACAGAGGCCUGUGCACAGCUUUUAGCCAUCACUGCACCCAGAGAUCUGCCAGUGCUGCUAAGCAACAAACUCGAAAGCGACAUGCUCCUCCUCCUCGUUCAGUCUCUGAAGAGUCACCUUGUGGCUAAGGACCCCUCGCUGGUGUAUGAGCAUCUCUUGUACCUGAGCAAGGCGGAGAGGUUUAAGAUGACCCUGACACUAAUUAACCAAGGCCAAAAGGAGCAGAUGGCACAGCUGCUGGACAGCCUGUCACAGGCACAGGCCGACCGGUUCACUGCUGAGGACGUGCAGGUCCUAAGAAGGCAGUACGGGCUUUAACACAGGGCUGCUGAGUUCCCGACCCUCCAAGACAGCAUUGCAUGGGUGAAGCUACACCCAGAAGGAUCCCUGUUUGGACUGUUGGACAUUGUACUUAUUUUUAUAUCCAGAAUAUAUAUACAUAUAUAUUCUACAAUCUGGUUUUUAUUGGUUGUAAAUAUUAUCUUCUGUACUAGAGCCAACACAUUUAUAUUUAAUAACUAUAUUUGGAACUUAGCAAAUUACAUUCUAAUUUGCAGUACACAUUUUCUUCUAAUGACCUACCAGUUAUAAACUCAAUGUCUUUAGUUCUUUAAAAGCAAAUGUUAACAGUGAUGAUUCCAUCACUUUCUAUCCCCCAGAUAGAAAUAAAAUUCAUGUUAUUGUCAGUUGAGAUGAAAUACAACACUCAUAUCUAGAAGAUUAUUAUAGUUUAUUAAUUUAGAACCACAAGGAAUUUAUUUUUUCUAAUAUGAAAACAAACAUUGCAAUAAAAAGUUGCCAAAAAUUCCAAUCAUUUUUUACUAUGUGACUUUCCUUAUUUAAGUACUGUGAGCAAUAAAAUGAUCUGAA